AUGCAGAGGCGAAAGGCAACCCCUGAGGAGCUGAAACAAGGCAUGGAGCAGAUGAUGGCUGCCCAGGAAAGGUUGUCUAAAGAAGCAACUGAGGAACCCAUAGAAGAUAUCCCUGGGUCUCACAGUGAUGUAGCUCAAGGGAAAGAACCUAGGCUAGAAGAUGCAAAAGAGUUUUUGGAUGUUGGUUCAGAAGGAAUUGAGACGUCAAGGGAUGUUGCACCAUCCCAGCAAGAAGGGCAGAAGGCAGAAAGGAGUUCCCCGAAGAGGUUAGAGGAUAGUCAGGGUUCGAAGCAGCCCCCAAAAACCCCAAAGCGGAUCUCAGUUUCUGCCCCUGCCGCGCAGAGCUCAGAGCCAGCAGCUAGCGUUGCUCAGAAGCCUGGAGCAGAAAGCGUCUCAGGCAAAGGAAAGGGAACGAAAAGAGAAGAAAAGACAGGACAGGACUUGGCAUGUGAUCCUGUUAGACCACCUGUGGAGUCUCAGAUGUACACCGCAGGUUUUGAGUCAGGUCCUGAUAGAUCUCACAUGACCACACCUCUGUUUUCAGCACAGCAGCUUAGAGAAUGGGAAGAGUUGCAUAGCAGAGCACCAUGGCUUUACAGGCUCACUCCAGGCGUUCAGAGGCCUGUUUGGCUGGAAGAAGAGGAGCGAAGACCCCGCCUGUUGCAGGAGGAAAGAGCUGAGGAAGAAGAAAGAGCGCGUCGGCUUCAGAGAGAGGCCGAAGUGAAUGAGAUGAGAAGGAGGCUUCAGUCUCUUGAAGAGGAGAACUUGCGUUUGAAGAUGGAGCGAGAGAAUUUGCGGCAGAGCAUAGCUCAGCCGAAGGGUUCUAGCUAUGGCACCCCAGAAGAUAAAGAUGCUGAAGUUUUUCCCAAGGAGGCUGAGACCACCAAAGAGGAGGCCCAGACCCCCAAGGGAGGAUCAGGUGAGGCAGAGGAUCAAAAGGAAGAGAACAGAGGGUCAGCUGGAGCUCAGCUGCCGAUGAAUGAGGAGCGUAAGCUGCAAGCAACAAUGAUGCACAGCAUGGUGAAGCUCAUGGAGGGCAUGCAGACUAUGCAAGCGCAGAUUUUGGACGUUCGGCGUCAGAAAGACGUUGAAGUUGUCAAGAAUGCGGCAGUGGAGUUGCCGAAGUUGCAAGAGUGGAAGGCUGAUACAGCCCCUUUGGAUUUGGCAGACUGGCUGUUGGUCGUAGAACCGGUCCUUUCCGACCUCUCCGACAAUAGUCAGCAGUGGUGGGAGGCUAUGUUGGCUUCUGUUCGUCAAUGGUAUGCAGAACACCAAGAAAAGACACCUUUAGAGCGAGUCAAUCACAAGCCACAGGUCCCUCUUCCACUUCAAGAUCCACGCUUCCAGAGGUUGGAAAAGCGUGCAACUGCUCUUUUGAUGUCGGCCAUUCCUCCUGCGCAACAAGAGGAGGUGGUGGCUUCCAAAGAGGUGAACACCGUCGGGAUCUUGUCCCGGCUCAUGCUAUGCUAUCAACCUGGAGGGCUCUCAGAAAAAGGGGCCAUUCUCACGGCCUUAGAUUCUCCGGAGGAGGCAUCAAGCUUGGCUGGAGCGGUGACUGGUCUUCGACGUUGGCUGAGAUGGCAUCGAAGGGCUGGAGAAGUUGGUGUCACCCGCCCAGAUGCGACUUUGCAGAUCAAAGGUCUUGGGCGUUUGAUGAAGCGAGUUUUGAAGGAUAACGCCGAUUUGGCGUUUAGAGUGCAACUAUCGAGAAGCAGUUUGCAAGUGGAUACAGCUCCGACUGAAGAGGGCUGUAAGAAGGGCAAACAAUGCACUUGGAGCCAUGUCCUGGAAGGAGACCGAAGGCGUUGCUGGACGUGUGGCUCGACAGGCCAUUUGGCUCCAGCGUGUGAUCGCCCCAGGGAGCCUCUCAGAGACCAAGGCGAGAAAGGUCAGAAGGGAGGAGAAGGCAAGGGUUUCCACAAGCCCAGUGGCAAGGCUUUGAAGAAGGGCGAGAGCCAACAGAAAGAAGAAGGGCCUGGAGGAGAGGCUACAAGUGAGGAGUCAGCAACAUCAGCAGAGACGAUGAAAGGUCUGUUGGAAGAAGCCAACAGGAUCUUGAAGGGCCUGUCGGCAAGGACAGGAGAAGCCGAAAGCAGGACAAAGGAUGAAAGACUGAUUGCCAUGCAAGGCCAGUUGGAUGAACUCCGGGAGCUGAAGGUUUUGAGGCUGUCACGCAUAGGGAAGGAACAAGAAGCCUAUGGCCUGCUCGACAGUGGAGCAACCAACCCCAUGCGUGGCAAAAGAAGAGGAGAAAAUCUGUCACAACUGGAAGAGGUCCAGGUGACGCUGGCCGACGGCAGUCAGGUAGGGAUGAAGAUGACGGCAUCAGGAGUCAUGGUGGUGGAAGAUGAGUGGGCCGAACCCAUUGUCCCACUUGGCCUCCUGACUAGCAAGUUAGGAUAUGUGGCGUCGUGGAAGAAAGGGCGCAUGACUCUAAGCCACCCCAUUGAUGGAAAGGUGGAGGUCUGCAUGAGAAGUGGAUGUCCUCAGGUAUCCCGGCUUGAUGCCUUGAGGAUUAUUCAGAAGCUGGAAGAGGUGGAGACGCCAAGAAUGCAGGCCCUGAAGCUUAGCCAAGAAGAGAUGUGGCUGUGGGGGUUGAUGGAAGCCCAUCCGGUACUGAGGAUGUUGCCGGAAGCCAUCAAAAGAAGAUUGGUGGUGAAGCCAGCAGAGGAUCUCAGAGGUAUCCCUGAUGCAAACCGCCGAAGAAGAAGAGUGAUGGCAGAACAGGGGUUCGUGGUUCACCUCUAUGCCGGUGAGAGUGCCGGGUACAACCUCAGCCGAGCGUUCAAAGAAGCAGGAGGAGAUGGACGAAGGCUGGUGGAAAUAGAUGUAAAGAGGGAAAACCACGAGAAGCACAGGAAAGGAGCACACGAUAUGCUCGAUGAUGAGAAUGGACCUUUUGCGUCCCUAUUGAGGAGUGCCUUGGAUGGAUCGCUGCUGGGCAUUGUCAUGGGCCCAAAUUGUAGGACGAGGUCAGUUCUUCGUCACUACCCGUUGGCAAUCCCAGGAGGAGGUCCUCGGCCGUUGAGGAGUUGGGAUCAGCCAUGGGGGAAAUCAGGUAAUACCCCAGAGGAGCAGCGAAAGGUGGAGGAUGAUGAUGUGUUGCUUUGGAGGGGACUGAUGUUGUUCAUCAUCAGGGAGGAGGUCAGGAAGGCGCUCCACAGUGACAAAAUUCCUGUCACAAGGUUGGGAUUGGAGCAGCCAGCAGAUCCAACCCACUACAUUCCCGAGGUGGUCACGCUCUGGAAGACUGAGGAAUGGGAACUGCUUCGAAGCAUGUACGACCUUAAAGCCCAGAGCUUUAAGCAGUCAGCCUGGGGAGGUGAUGAACUCAGCGGAGCUGUCAAGAUGGCGCCGGGAAUGAUGAAGGAAGUUGCCAUGAGGAUCCAGCAGGAUGUCCUUCGAGCGAAGCUGAAGGCGGCCAAGAUGUCAUGGGCAGAGCAUCUGGAAAGGGGGCACACACCGUUUCGACGUGACUGUAGAGUGUGUCAAGAAGCAUCAGCCAGAGGUCGGAUGCAUUCUAAGGUGAAGCAUCCCAGGGCAGGUGUGAUGAGCCUGGAUGUUACCGGUCCCUACAAGAAAGGGAAGGACAUCGAUGGUGAAGCCAAGUUCAUGUUGAUUGGCACCUACACCUGGCUCAGACCCCCCGAUGAGGAAGAGGCAACAGAAGUUGAUGAAGAACCAGAGCUCGAAGCCCAAGAAGAUGAGGAUCAGUGGCCAGAGAUUGAAGAUCAAGAAGCCGCACAAGAGGAAGAAGAAGAGCAGGCAGAAGCAGCAGAAGACCCCCAGGAAGAGCAACAAGCAGAACCCCCACGGGCAUUUGAGGAGCCCCCCGAACCCCCGAAGAUUGAAGUUAUGAGAAUCGGCAUUCCCAUCAAAGGGAAAACACAAGAAGCAGUCCUGAGUGGCUUCAUUGAGUUGUACCUUCAGUUGAAGGAACCACCGCCGCCCAAAGAUGAGAUGUGGCUGGCGAUUGCAGAGGAGGUGGAAAGGGACGAAAUCCAGGAGAGGAGAAGGAUCAGAGAGAAGAGGCCAAUCAGGGAUGGAGGACUGGAAGGCCUUUUGGGGAUCAGAAGAAUGAUCCAAGAAGAAGCACAGAGCGUGGAGAUGGACCAGCUGGACAACGCACUGCUCACCUUUCAGAAGAUGGACCCUUGGAAGAAGGUGAUGAAAAGGGCGGAGGGAGCAGAGCAGGAGAUUCUACAGACAAAGAUAGUCUCUCCGCAAGAGCUGGUGAAAGAUGUCCACCUCUGGGAUGAAGCCAUUGAGGCCGAGCUAGAUGCUCUCCUUAAUGCCAAGGAAGCUUUGAGGAAGAUCACUUCAGAAGAAAAGGCCAGGCUAGAGGAGAGGCAUCCCGACCUGCUCGUGGUGCCCUCGAAGUUGGUCAUCACGAGAAAGGCAGGUGGUCGCCGAAAGGUGCGGAUUGUGGCUUGUGGAAACUACGUCGAGAAGACAGAGAAAGAAGAUGUCUUUGCUAGUGGAUCAGAUUCCAUUAGCUUCCGCAUAGCACUGAAGAAGAGCUUGGAUGAAGGAUGGUCAGGAGCCACAGCCGACAUCAGGACGGCGUUCUUGAAUGCACCUCUCGGUAGGUCGGCAGAAGCUUUGGAGGGCCUAUGGAAGAAAGAAGAGCUUGAGGAGCUAGGCCAAGAAGUGGUGGUAGUUCUGGUUAAGCCACCAGCCCUGCUGAUCAAGCUCGGCUACAUCAGCCCCGAAGACUGGUGGGUCGCAGUCAAGGCGGUCUACGGGCUGAGACAGAGCCCCAAGGCUUGGGGUGACCACAGAGCCCUGGUUCAAUCCACCACGGACCCAAACGUCUGGAAGAUCGUGAAAAGGUCCGGUGGGCUGGAUGAGGAGAUGGAAGGGCUAUGUGUGGUGUAUGUUGAUGACCUGAUGGUCUUAUCCCAAGAGCACAUCGUCAAGGAGUGCCUUGAGAGGAUAUCCCGAGAGUGGGAAAUAAGCACCCCGGAAUGGCUAAACGAGGUCAAGCCAGUCAAAUUCCUGGGGAUGGAGGUCUUGAUGGGCACAAAGAGUGCUUUCAUCACACAAGAGAGCUACGUACAGGACCUCCUCAGACGAAAUGGCGAAGAGGAAGGCCAUAAGUCUGGAAUUCCGAUCUCAAAGGAUCAGGUGUUGAGGCUGGAAGAAGAAGACCACACGAAAAGCCCAGAAGACGUCAAGGCUGCACAGCGUGCCACUGGCGAGCUGAUGUGGCUUGUCACACGCAGCCGUCCAGAUUUGAUGUUUGCACUGAGUAAGAUGUCCCAAGCCACACUGAAGAACCCCAAAGAAGUCCUCUUGGUCGCCAAGCAGGUGUGGAAAUAUUUGAGGAAGACCAAGGCAGAAGGUCUGGAGCUGAAGGCUGGCGGUAAGGACCUUGAGGUUUAUACAGAUUCCUCCUACGGACCAGGUGGUCUCGACUCCCAAGGAACUGUAUUGGUGUUAUGGGGAAAAAGCCCCAUCAUGUGGAAAUCGGGCCGACAAGGAGCGCCUGCCCUCUCAACAGCUGAGAGUGAGCUGACAGAGGGAAUUGAUGGAAUGAUCAUGGGGGAUAGUGUGGAUGUUCUCAUUCUGGAGCUCAGCCAGGAUACAUAUGCCAAGGUGAUCAAGAUAGACAACACAGCAGCAGUGAGCUUGAUGACAGAAGCUGCUGGAAGUUGGCGCACACGCCAUCUGAGAUUGAGGGCGUCCCAUCUGCGGUGGAGGAUUGGACGAUUGGAUUGGGUGGUGGAGGCGAUCUCAGGUCAGGUGCAGAUUGCAGACAUUGGGACAAAGGCCCUCACAGCUCCGAGGUUAGAGGAGUUGAAGCAGAUGAUGGGCAUGAAGCAGAGAAGAGAUGAUCAAGAGGAGGAGAGGCAGGAGCAGAAGGAUUCAGGAUCGAGCCAGCACAUGAAGAAAGGAGCAGAGGAGACAGGGCUUCAGGAGGCAGGAGCAGAGGUUGAGAGGAUUUUGAGGAUGGUCAUCCUCCUCUGCAGCGUCCAACAGGCCAAAGCUCAAGAACAGGAAGAGGAGGAGGGUUGGAGCUCUUUAGCUCAACUUGUAGCUCUGACGGUGUUUGCCAUGAUCGGCGUCACGACAUGCAUAGGCUGGAUGGUGAGGUUGAUGACCCCAGCGAGGAGGAGCUUGGAAGAAGAAGAAUUGAAGAAGAGAGUGAAAGAAGCACUCUCGGCAGACUCGAGCCAGAGGGGCGCGAGUCGUGCACAGGAGUCAAGCCAUGGAAGGGCGACUCCGACGAGGAAGGAGCAGGGCCAUGAGGAUGAAGGAGGAAGACAGCAGCAGGCGGCAGCCAGCUCAACAUCUGGAGUUCACACACCAGAGGAGCCAGCAUCUAGUUCUCAAGCAGUCCCCCCAUCCCAGAUCUCCGUGAAGGCUCCGCCACCGAUUACCAAACAAGCUCCGCUACCAGCACCAGCCAGCACCCAACACCAGAGAACAGUGCCAACUAUGAGCGGGAACACAUGGACCCCGGGAGAAGAAAGAGGCCAGAGGGCGGUGAGAGGAAGCAUCCGAUCACCAAUUUUUGUGACUCCAUGGGGUGCCCGCUAUCAUGAAUACACAAGUUGUCCUACUUUGGCCAACACAAAGAGAUUUGUGCCGUGUCAGUGGUGCGAUGCUUGCGCCCCACUCGGAAAGACUGGAGACCAACCGGUGUACACGUGUGGACCGGGUUCGAAAGCGCACUACGAUUCCGACUGCGUUGCGAUGACUGACUCUGGAAGAAAGUAUCAGAAAUGUCAGCGCUGCGUGGAUGCGACUUAG